AUGGCUACCUUGAAACGCAAAGCUCCCGAGUUUGUUGAUGCGCCCGAUGCUACGCCCACGGGAAGACCGGUCAAGAAGCUGCGUCUCACCCAGAGCCAAAAGCAGGCACUAAUUGACAACCUCCAGCUCGAAAUCACUGAGCGCGCCCGCAAGCUUCGUGCACAAUAUGCUCUUCAAGCAAAUGAUCUUCGUUCUCGCCUUGAACGACGCGUCAACCGUAUUCCCGUCUCUCUCCGCAAGGCCAACAUGGGCGAGCUUCUCGAGAAGUACACAGCCCCGGCUCAAGCGACCUCGCCCAUUCGUAGAAUCUCCCCAUCAAAGGUCUCGCGCGCACCUAUGUCCAUUGACCAAGCACUUUCACCCUCCAGCACGCGCGAUGGCCGGACUCGACGCAACAGUAACGAGGGCCACUACUCUGACAAAGAGAAUGCACCGGCUGCUGGCACCCCCGAAGGACUGAAGAACCCCAAGCGCCGCGGGAAGGCUCCCGCUGCGGGCGGUGCAUCACGCGUCGUAUCGCAAGAAGUGCGAGGUCACGACCACCGAAUCCUGUCCCCCAAGUCCCUCAACUCUCGAACCUACCCACAAUCACCAUUCCGCGCCUCCCCCGAAAAGGGACAGCCGUCAUACCUGUCCCGACCUACCUCACCACUAAAGCCCUCCAGCCCUCUGCGGGCUGCUGGACCUGCCACUCGUCCGCGCGGUGCUACUACGUCCAACGUCAGAGAUAACCAAGCCUCCACGCAAGCCAAGAAGACAACGGCACGCUCGGCCACUGGACCCAGAUCCGUCAGGUCUCCCCUCCCGCGGCCGGCGACUCGUCAAGGCGAGCGUAAGAACAGUUUCUCGUCCACCACAUCCUCGGGCACAACUGUCACGAAACCCACCCGUACUGGCACCGGUGCCAGGAAGGCAACGGCAGGGACUGCGUCAACGACCAAGAAACCUGCUGUGCCCCGGGCCCACACUGCAUCCCUGGCCGUCAAGAAGACCGCAACUUCCGCCACCGCGUCCACCGCCCGGAAGACUACCGCCCCAGCAUCCACAAUGGAAUCUUCUACUCGCGGGACGAGAGCACUACGAAAGCGUGUAUAG